GGAUAUCCGGAUAUGGGGCUCGGGCUUGUGGGGAAAAAGGGCGGAGGGGACUCAGAGUCUCAGAUAGUUAGACUCAGUGGAGAGCUUAGGGGCUUAGGGCUAGGGUUUCGUUUGUUCACAUUUCGACUUCACUGUUCCUCUACGCCGCAGCUUUCCAUUGGACCAUCUCCUUCUCCAUUCUUCACUUCUCACUUCUCAGUUCUCACUCUCAGUCUCAGACGGUCAGACCUCAGUUCUCACUCUCAUUUCCUUGCGAACGGCGAAUCCCCUCUUCCGCUCUCCUAGUUUCGCGAAUCCCUCCUCGGCUCUUCCAUCGCGGUGGGCAUGGCGACGACUCUUCACUCAAUGACUCAGCCACUCAAGUACCUCCGACGACCUUCUCCUCUUCUCUGUCCACAGUUGCUUAUUUUUGGUGAACUACAAAUUUCCCAAAACAUAUAUGGGAAAGGAUGGGGGUAGACUGGGGACUAGGGAAAAUGAGUUCCUAAAAUUAUACACCAGUAAUGAAGUAUGAAGGCCAACAUCCCCAAGAUAUUAAAGGGAAAAUGAGCAAUGACUUGCCUAUUAUAGAGGUGGAGGUGCCAAACUUGGAGGAUGCAAUAGUGACGCAAGCUAAUUCCCAACAUCAUCAUUCAAAUCCCAACAUGACAAGUGAGAGUGCUACUAAACCUCCUACUCAAUCUAAUAAAAAAAUGAGGAAGAGAAUGAGACCAAGAUCUGAAGUGUGGGAUCACUUCAUUAAAUUUGUGACAAAGUCUGGUGAAAUUAAGGGAUUCAAUGAUGAAAGUAAGGUCAAGUGUUCACAAGGAUUCAUUGAAAGCUUAUACUUCAAAGAAGGAUGAUCAUAUGAAGCUUAAGGCAUGAACUCAAAGACGAUUUAAUAGAGCUUAAAGAUUAUGAGAGCAUGCAUAUUAAAGUGAACUUGCUAAAAGCCUAAAGUACAUUGAAAGCUUGAAGAAAAGAUGGACUUAAAGCAAGGAUAUACAUGAAGACUGCAAGAGUUGAAGGGUUUAAGAGUCUUAAGGAAGUCUCUAUGUAAAUACUUCAUGUAAUACUCAAUAUAAAUUGAAUUGAAGCUCUUUAAGAAAAAGAAA